GACUGUUUACACACCCAAUGGCCUGAGCGGUAGUGGUCUGUCCGCGGUGCGGUGGUGGACACACACUCCACGGGACGGGACAGCGCUACAUGGGGGACUGAGGCGACAGCGGCUGGUACCACAGUGACACCCCGGAGAUAUCAAUCCGCGAUUUGGAGAUAUCUCUAGGGCGCUAGCCUACGACGCUCCGCUAUUGGGAACCGACUUAAUGAAAUAAUCAAGCCGAGCAUGAACACAUCGCAUUUGAGGUAACGAGAGGAUUUGAACACUGGGAGAUAUCCACAGUAACACAGGGAGAGAGGGCCAUGCUCACACACUCAGCCGCUUUGUAAUCACCGUCGUCGAUGUGUGUGUGUUUACAGUAUCUCCUUCUCUGAGCAAUGGACUGACCAAUUCCCUCUCUGGAUGAUUUGAUGGGGCUGCUCAGAGUCAUGAUGCCGCCCAAGUUGCAGCUCAUCGCGUUGCUGGCGUUCGCAGUGGCCAUGUUCUUCCUAGAAAACCAGAUCCAGAAGCUGGAGGAGUCCCGCGGGAAGCUCGAACGAGCCAUUGCCAGACACGAGGUGCGUGAGAUCGAGCACCGGCACACGCAGGACGGCGUGCGGGAGCGGGACUCUGCGGCCUCUUCGCCGUCGGAGGGCGAAGACGACCUCGUCAUCAUCUACAACCGCGUGCCCAAGACGGCCAGCACAUCCUUCACCAACAUCGCCUACGACCUGUGUGGGAAGAACCACUACCACGUCCUGCACAUCAACACCACCAAGAACAAUCCCGUCAUGUCCAUACAGGACCAGAUGCGGUUUGUAAAGAAUGUGACUGAGUGGAGAGAAAUGAAGCCGGCCUUCUACCACGGACACGUCUCCUUCCUGGACUUCACAAAGUUUGGAGUGAAGAGGAAGCCCAUCUACAUAAACGUGAUCCGGGACCCCAUAGAGAGGCUGGUGUCGUAUUACUACUUCCUGCGUUUUGGGGAUGACUACAGGCCCGGCUUGAGGCGCAGGAAACAAGGAGACAAGAAGACAUUUGAUGAAUGUGUGUCAGCCGGCGGCUCAGACUGUGCCCCUGAGAAGCUCUGGCUGCAGAUUCCCUUUUUCUGUGGUCACUACUCUGAGUGCUGGAACGUGGGCAGCCAGUGGGCUCUGGAGCAGGCCAAGUACAACCUGGUGAACGAGUACCUGCUGGUGGGAGUCACAGAGGAGCUGGAGGACUUUGUGAUGAUGCUGGAGGCUGCGCUGCCACGCUUCUUCAAAGGAGCCACGGAGCUCUACAAAACAGGGAAGAAAUCCCACCUGAGGAAGACGAGCGAGAAGAAGCCGCCCACGAAGGAGUCCAUCGCCAAGCUGCAGCAGUCGGCCAUCUGGAAGAUGGAGAACGAUUUCUACGAAUUUGCACUGGAGCAGUUCCAGUUUGUCCGGGCACAUGCUGUCAGGGAAAAGGACGGGGAGCUCUACCUGCUGGCACAGAACUUCUUCUACGAGAAGAUCUACCCCAAAAACUGAAGAGUAGACGGACACGUGGCAGAUGUGCGGCCUGAGAUGAAAAAGGACACAUAAAGACUACAUGUGGCUGUCUGUAGAACAUUGUAUUGAGAGCUCUGACACGCCUGUGCCAGCCAACUGGACUCGUGUUUCAUCAGCAGGUUUUUUUUCCCAGCAGCCUCCACUCCCCCUCAUGUCAAAGGUGGUCUGACGCGUCGGGAGACGGCCUGUCCAGCUCCAAAACAUUGUCAUCGGCUCUGUAAUGUUUGGUUGUGUUUGGUUGUGGUUUAACUCUUUGCUAAGGUUGUCUUUUGUAUGUAAAGACGGUGACAUUCUCCAUGCCUCACCACUACUACUAACUUAAAGAGAUUUGAAGUGUACGACUACUGUGCUGUAUUAUUGGACUUGAAUGAUGAGAACGUUUGAGGUUUUUAUGAAAUAAAAAUCCUGUGACCAUGGACUAUUUACUGGGACACAUACGUAUGUUUUAUACUGUACUUGAUGCUGGGUGUAAAUGUUCAGAGGCCUUUCCUCCGUAAUGAAGAAUAUUAUCGAGGGUACAAAAACACAGGUGAAGAUGCUGCUGCUGUAAAUACUUACUACUUUUCUCAGUCCUAUUCAUCUACUGACAGUUUUUCCAUGGUAUGAAAACAAAACUGUUAACCAUAUUAAAAUUACAGUUUGUACAUUUCUUUCAAAUUCUAAA